AUGCAGAAGCCAUUGCCGGAGCUGCUGAAGGAGUAUGACUUGCCAGUGGGGAUCUUUCCACGUGACGCUACCAACUAUGAGUUCGAUGAACAGACGCACAAGCUGACUGUGUUUAUUCCUCAGAUCUGUGAUGUCGGUUACAAGGACUCGUCUGUCUUGCGCUUCAAUGUCACGGUAACUGGGUAUCUUGAGAAAGGGAAGCUGUCAGAUGUUGAAGGAAUGAAGACGAAGGUGAUGAUUUGGGUUAAAGUGACUUGUAUUACAUCUGAGGGUUCAAAGGUCCACUUCACAGCUGGGAUGAAGAAAUCCAGGAGCCGGGAUGCAUAUGAGGUCCUUAGAGAUGGGAUCCGUGUGGAGAAGUUCUAA